GAACAUAUCUGAAGUAAUCAGAUUGUCGAUCACGCUACAAGAAUAUAUACAAUCGUAUAACAAUAAUUCUAGCAAGUUGUCUGAAGUAAAUACAUAUCAAUAAAUCAAAAAUGAAUUUAGAAUUAUUAGAAUCAUUCGGUCAGAAUUAUCCAGAGGAGUUUGAUGGUACAUUAGAUUGUAUAUCAUUAGCAGUUACUUGUACAUUUAAUAAAAGAGGAACUCUUCUUGCUGUUGGAUGUAAUGAUGGUAGAAUCGUUAUUUGGGAUUUUUUAACUCGUGGUGUUGCUAAAAUCAUAAGUGCACAUGUACAUCCUGUAUGUUCAUUGAGUUGGUCUAGAAAUGGACACAAAUUAUUAAGUGCAUCUACAGAUAAUAAUGUUUGCAUAUGGGACGUCUUAUCUGGAGAAUGUGACCAAAAAUAUAGAUUUCCAUCUCCCAUAUUAAAAGUUCAAUUUCAUCCAAGGAAUCUUAAUAAGUUUUUAGUAUGUCCAAUGAGACAUGCAGCAGUUAUGGUUGAUGUUGAGGGUACACAUAGAGUUAUACCUUUGGAUGAUGAUAGUGAUUUGAAUAUAGUGGCAUCUUUUGAUCGCCGAGGAGAUUAUGUUUACACUGGAAAUGCUCGUGGCAGAAUUCUAGUUCUUGAUGCAGAAUCAUUAACUGUGAAAGCUUCUUAUAAAAUUUCACAAGGCACAGCUAGUAAUACAGCUGUAAAAAGUAUUGAAUUUGCUAGACGUGGUUCUUGUUUCUUAGUAAAUACAUCAGAUAGAGUAAUUCGUGUGUAUGAUAGUACUGAAGUAUUAGCUUGUGGAAAAGAUGGUGAACCUGAACCAAUACAAAAAUUACAAGAUUUAGUAAAUAAAACUAUGUGGAAAAAAUGCUGUUUUUCUGGAGAUGGAGAAUAUGUUUGUGCUGGAUCUGCAAGGCAGCAUGCUUUAUAUGUAUGGGAAAAAAGUAUUGGAAAUUUAGUAAAAAUUUUACAUGGUACUAAGGGAGAAUUAUUACUUGAUGUUGUUUGGCAUCCAGUAAGGCCAAUUAUUGCAUCUAUAUCAUCUGGUGUUGUUUCUAUUUGGGCACAAAAUCAAGUUGAAAAUUGGUCUGCAUUUGCUCCAGAUUUUAAGGAAUUGGAUGAAAAUGUUGAAUAUGAAGAAAGAGAAAGUGAAUUUGAUUUAAGUGAUGAAGAUAAAUCAGUGGUACAAGGUGAAGAAGCACAAGAUGAAGAGAUAGAAGUAGAUGUUGCAUCUAUAGACAGAGUGGCAGCUUUUUGCAGUUCUGAUGAAGAAAUGGAAGAUAUUGGUUCAUUACAAUUUUUACCAAUAUCACCUGAUGUAGAAGAUUCAGAAGAUAAUCAAACAACAAUGCAUGAACCACCUAUGAAAAAACAUCGUUCUCAUGACAUUCACUUGCAAGGUGCACCAGUAGAUGAAACUCAUCCAUUAUUAAAUAAAGGAAAAGAUAAACCAACAACUAAAAAAGGAAGACCAAGAUUAGAACAUAGAAAAGGAAAAUAAUUUAGAAUAUUUUUUUUUCUUUGAUAUA